AUGAGUCCUAUCCCUGCAUGGAAAAGAGCUGGUCUUAGUGUCCAACACAAUAAAACACAAGAAGAUGAAAAUGACUUACUAGAAACGAGAAGAAUAGAUACAGCAGAAUUAACCAAGAAUCAAUUGAAAAAAGUCAGUAAUAAGCGUAAACUACAAGAAGCUCUUGGCACUUCAUCUGGCAAGAACAACGGCGGAAACAAGAAACCACCGAAGAGGAUAAAGUUACCAAAAAAUGAAAGAAAACCACCACCGGUCAAAGAUCAAUUAACUUAUUUAAAACAAUUUGCACACGAUAAAGCCAACUGGAAGUUCAACAAACUGAAACAAAAUUGGAUCUUGAAGAAUUUGAGAGAUAUACCAAAUGAAUAUGAACCUGAAUUGAUAUUGUACUUGUCAACUUUACAAGGUGGAUCAAGGGAUCGAUUAGUUGAUGAAUUAAAACAAGUGAUUGAGAAGUGGAAUAUCAAGUAUGAAGAAACGGAGAGGAAGAUUGAGGAGAGGUUACUUAAUGGUGAUAACAAGGAACAGGAGCAAGAGGAACCGACACAGGAAAAGGAGGAACUGAAGGACGAAGCAAAGACAGACGAAUCAAAGGAGAAUCAAGAUGAAUUGAAUUUGGAAUACGUGGUGAGAUGUAAAGCUAUACUAGAUUCAUUAAUUGAUGGAAAGGUAAAAGUUAAAGGCCACGGUAAUGAGAACAGGACGCAAAAUGACAAUGCAGAGUCAUCCAAGGAUGAUACCGAAGAGGAAAAUGACGGUGAAGUGGGCGAUGGAACCAAGGUAGAAAAUGAAGAUGAAGCUGAAAACAAUGACGAAAUUGCGGACCCCAGAUCCGAAGAAAAGAAGGAUAAGAAUGACAGGAAGAAGGACAAGAAGAGGAACAAGAAGAAGGACAAGAAGGAGAAGAAGGAGAAGAAGAAGUCCAAGUCCAAAGCCAGAUCUGAAUCCCCUAGUGAGACAAGUGAUACUCCUAAUUUGAUUAUAAAUGAGGUUGAUGUAUAA